CUCCUCGCUCCUCAAACCCGGUCUGGAGACCUCAGAAAGGCGUCUGGGGGCAGGGCUUCCUGUGGGAAAGGGCCGGGAGGACGCCCGUGGCCUCCUGGCUGCUGGCUCUGCCCGCUUCCUGGCCGCCGAGGGCUUUGCCGAGGUCACCCGCGCCAGGCCGCUCUGGGCGCGCGCGUGGGAGGCUCCGUGGCGCGGGAGGAUCGGCCACCCGCGGGUUCGGCGAGCUCGCACGGCCCUGGCAAGCCUCUGGCAAGUUCACCGGAGGCUCUUCAAGGCUCACCGACCCUCACGUCCUCAGCUCUCGAGCUGACGUCCUGGUUCCCUGCUGCCUUGCGCCCUCGUUGAACUAGGGAGACUUUCCCGCCUACUCGAGGCUCCCCGGAGAGCCGUCCCCGGUGCACCAGCUUCGUCCAGACCCACUUCCCGGCUGCAGCCGGGUCACAGGAAAACCCAUCUUCUUCGUGGUCCCGGGACUUUCCGAGGCUUUCGGGAGAAGAGACAAGGCUCCAGAUCUAGCCACUGGAAGGCUCUCAGGCCAGGGAACGUCAUGUCCUCCUUUGAAGAUGCUGACACAGAAGAGACAGUGACCUGUCUCCAGAUGACUGUUUAUCACCCUGGUCAGCGGCAGAGUGGAAUAUUUAAAUCAAUAAGGUUUUGCAACAAAGAGAAAUUCCCUUCUAUUGAAGUGGUGAAGUUUGGACGGAAUUCCAAUGUCUGUCGGUAUGCUUUUCAGGACAAACAGGUUUCCCGAGUUCAGUUUGCUUUACAGCCGUUUAAACAGUUCAACAGCUCGGUUCUCUCGUUUGAGAUUAAAAACAUGAGUAAGAAGACCAGUUUGAUGGUGGACAAUCAGGAGCUUGGCUACCUCAAUAAAAUGGACCUGCCUUACAAGUGCAUGCUCAGGUUUGGAGAGUAUCAGUUCCUCUUGGAGAAGGAAGAUGGAGAGUCGGUGGAAUCUUUUGAGACUCAGUUUAUCUUGUCUCCGAGACCACUCUUGCAAGAAAACAACUGGCCAACACAGAGUCCUGUACCUGAGGAUUCGGGGUACUCAUCCUACUUCACUCAUAGGACUUCCCCUACAGAAAUGGAUGAAAAUGAAUUGUGAAGAGAGCCCAUGUAGAGAAACCUGAAGGAUGGAUGAGGACACAUGGGUAGACCCUUGCGAGGCAUUCUACUGCUUAAGAGUUUAUGAGUGUAGCAUAGUGCAGAUAUCUGCAUGCUGGCUUUGGAUUUAGUAAUAGCAUUCGGAAGUCUAUAUAAAGACUGUGUUUGCCAUCAACUUAGUCAGCUGUUUGCAUUCCAGAUCUACAAAGAAUUAAGUGUCCGUCUGUCAGGGUUAGUGUAGAAAACAUACCCUCUGUGUAAUGCUAUUCUUGGUCCUUUUUCUGCUUGAUGGCACUCCCAAGCUUUGUUUUGGUAACAGCCAAGCUUGGUCACAUCAUUUCGUAGCAGCCUUUGGUUUUCAAGUUCAAAGCGCAGGCGGUUUGUUCACGGGUGUCUGUGGCGUGCUAAUACUUGUAGAGCUGGAGUCCUGGAAUGAGUUCUUGAGUCUCAUCUGAGUCACUGUGGUUUCGUUAUGGAAAGACUUGAGAAAUAACACCUUGAUUUUCUUUCUAUGGAAUUACAAUUUUUAUUCCUAAGAUGCCAGUUUUGCUUUUCUGUAUGUAGGAACUACAAUUAACAUUUAAAGAACAUGGAGAUUAAAAUUGCAAAUUGCCGGGCGGUGGUGACACAUGUCUUUAAUCCUAGCAGUAAGG